AUGUCGUCACAGGAGGUGAUAGCUAUGUUCUACUCGUGUGGCCUCGAAGAAUCUGCUGUCGCAGAGGCCGCUGAAGAUAUCAAGCCCGAAGAAUUGCGCUCGGACCCCUCAUGGGCCCUUUAUUACUACUGGAUGCGCCACGACCCUCGCUACUUGGGAGUGCACAAUAGAGAGGGUCUGAACCUUCUACUGCGACAGCUCAACUUCCGGCCUGAGAUCAUCGCUCUCAAUACCUUUGGAGAGGGUGCUCGUUGCCACGGAGAUUAUCAUCUUUGGGCUCGAAAAUUGGCCGGGGCGGCGUACAGGCUCGUCGAGAAACAGUCGCAAGCCUGUCAACAGCUAUAG